CGGGGGGUUCCCGGAGAGGCCGAGAGGGCUGCGGCUUCUCCCUGCAGAUGGGACCCGCUGGGACUAAUGUGGGAAGAGGAGGUCAGCUGGGGACACGUGUGAGAGAGAACGAGAGGCUGUGUCCUGAAUGGAGGCUCCCAGCAGGAGCUGGGGCUGGGUGGGCCGGUGCUGACUUGGGGAAGAGGCAUCUGCAGGGGACAGGGCCCAGGUGGAUCAGCCGGGGCUGGCAGAGAGACUUGGGCAGCUGCGUGGACUUGUCUCCAAGCAGAUAAGUGUCAUUAGGGGCUUGGCAAAGGACCUGGCCCCAUGGGCAGAGGGGACCAUUCGGCGAGAGGUCAUGGCCUUGGAGACUGGACUCCAUGAGGAAGCAGACUCAGGAGGCCCAGGGCCCAGGCCAGUUCCCAGCCCUGCUGGGAGCCCCGGCCAGCACCACGGACGGCGCCCAGGAAGCCCGAGUCCCCCUGGACGGGGCCUUCUGGAUCCCGAGGCCUCCGGCAGGCUCCCCGAAGGGCUGCUUUGCCUGCGUGUCCAAGCCCCCGGCCCUGCAGGCUCCAGCAGCCCCGGCCCCUGAGCCCUCAGCAUCGCCCCCCAUGGCGCCCACCCUGUUCCCCAUGGAAUCCAAGAGCAGCAAGACAGACAGUAUGCGGGCCUCUGGCCCCCCCCAGGCCUGCAAGCACCUGGCGGAGAAGAAGACCAUGACGAACCCCGCGACGGUCAUCGAGGUGUGCCCCGACACCACUGAGGUCAACGACUACUACCUGUGGUCCAUCUUCAACUUCGUCUACCUCAACUUCUGCUGCCUGGGCUUCAUUGCGCUGGCCUACUCCCUCAAACAGGAGGACAGCACGGAGACCUCCUCCAAGCCCCUCACAGGGAACCUGAAACCAGGCAGAUGUUCAGAAGGAGGCCACCGAGGAGGCCACGGUCGCUGGGGUCUCUGAUCAUGGUGGUC